GUGGCGUGCGGAGCGGUGUAGAACUGUAGGGUGCAGAUACUCGUGAGAGCCAGCAGUGCCUCGUGUAGCGUCUGCUCGGUGUUGACGCCCGGCAGAGAUAUCUCGCCGGGAGCGCACGUAGUUGCGUCGUUAUCUCGAGAGAGCGAGUGGAAAGCGCCGAGUCAUCCCGAGUUCGGCGACAGAUUACCGUAUCCGGUGUAUCCGCGCCGCUGACAGCCAGCCGGAAAAACUCAGAAAAGUAUGCACCUCUCCGUGGACACUGUGCCGGGGUUCGUAAACCAUGUGUUCAAAAACAAGGAACCGUGGCAGAUAGCGGCUAUGACGAGCACUGCCACGCUCGCUACGGUGUGGCUGUGGACCUUCGUCUGUCAAGAUGAGAGUCUCUUGGAACGUGGCAAGAAACAGCUGUUCAAACUGGCUCGUUACGUCCCUUCUAUACGCGAUAAGAUAAACAAAGAGCUAGUCAGUAUUAACGAAAACUUCGAGAAGGACGUCGUGCGCAGACUCAAGGAAGCCUCGUUUAUUGUGCAGCUCCCCAAAAGUGGAUUGAAAAAUGAAAAGAUAAUGAAUUUGAUCAAUCAGUCUGUUCACCUGGGCGACUACGAUUGGGAAGCGGGUCGUGUGUCAGGGGCAGUUUAUAGAACUAACAACGAACUUGCGCAGCUGAUGGGGAACGUAUAUGCGAUUGCAUCAUACACCAAUCCGUUGCAUCCUGACGUUUUCCCCGGGAUUUGUAAAUUGGAGGCAGAAGUAGUUAGGAUAGCCUGCCACUUGUUCAAUGGAGACAAAGCAUCUUGUGGAACUAUGACUACGGGUGGUACGGAGUCAAUUUUGUUAGCGUGUAAAGCAUACAGGGAUUAUGCCCGUGAAGCUAAGGGCAUCAGGAAACCAGAGAUAGUGUUACCAGUUACCGCUCAUGCGGCGUUUGACAAAGCCGCGCAAUAUUUGAACAUAAAGAUACGUUCCGUACCCGUCAAUCCGCAGAGCUUUACAGUUUGCGUAAAAGCUAUGCGGAAGUCAAUUACAAAAAAUACAAUAAUGUUAGUAGGAUCUGCGCCGAAUUUCCCCUACGGGACGAUGGAUAAUAUCGAAGCGAUAUCCGAAUUAGGCGUAAAAUACGAUAUACCCGUUCAUGUAGAUGCGUGCCUAGGCGGCUUUCUAGCCUGUUUUAUGUCUGAAGCUGGUUACGCCUUACCACCUUUUGACUUCAGGCUUCCAGGUGUGACGAGCAUAUCAGCUGACACGCAUAAGUACGGUUAUGCUCCGAAAGGAUCUUCGCUAAUCCUUUAUCGAAACAAAAAAUAUCGACAUCAUCAAUAUACGAUUACUACAGACUGGCCUGGUGGCAUAUACGGUUCUCCAACUAUCAAUGGAUCUCGAGCUGGUGGCAUUAUAGCCACUUGCUGGGCCACAUUGAUGUAUUACGGGCGUGACGAAUAUGUAAAAUCAACUAAAAAGAUCAUUGAAAUUACGAGAUAUGUCGAACGAAAGUUGAGACAAAUGAAUGGAAUUUUUGUGUUUGGCACACCAGCCACGUCUGUCAUUGCAAUCGGCUCCAAUGAUUUUCACAUCUAUAGACUAUCCGAAGCUCUCAGCGACAAGGGAUGGAACUUGAAUACGCUGCAAUUCCCUUGCGGCAUACACAUAUGUAUUACACAUGUGCAUACCGAGCCAGGAGUUGCCGAUCAAUUUUUAGAGGAUGUUGAUACGGAACUGGAAAUGAUUAUGGAAACCCGAAGUAGUCCGGUAGAAGGAAAGCUCGCAAUGUACGGAAUGAGUCAAAGCAUCCCGGACCGAAGUGUGGUCGGUGACUUUACAAAAUGCUUUUUGGAUUCCAUGUACUAUACUGCAGGAAAUGAAACGCAGAAAUAAUCCCAUACCUUGCGUAAUGUCAAAUGCAAUUUUGAUAUAUUAUUACAGCUACAUAUAAAAUGCAUACAUUUUCUAUGCGACUGAACAUGAAACGCUCAAACAUAUUGUAUAUUUUUUACAAUUAAUUUUUUUUAUUGAGAUAUGCGAAUAUUGGUAUGAAAGCGCGUGAAACAAAUAUAUACAUUAAUAUAUGUUAUGCGCAAAUAUUUCUAUUAAAAUACAAUUAUAUGUGCAU